AUGCAAAAUCCUCAGCUACUAUUUUUUACUUUGCCCAAACAGAUUACAACAAUAGGAAGAUACGGAAUGUCUGCCAUGAAGUGUAAGAUACCUCUUGGCUGGUUUUACGGCGAGAUCGCAGAGAUCGCCAACGUACAACCCUCCAUAAACGCUCUCAAUGCCCUUCAACAAGAUUUAUCCUGCCGAUUUAGGCUAGCCACUGGUAAACUAAUGGAUUUGCUCAACCCAUAUUUGGAGUUAUAUAAUGGUAAUGCCGCUCACAUGAUGGCUUACUUGAACAUUGCCAAUGACACAGACCACAAUGUAGUCUCUGCGUACCAGGAGUGCAUAGAGCUGCAGCAGCAGAUGCACACUUGCAACAAUAUUCUUAAGAAACUGCAUAACGCGCCAGAUUGCAAUCCGAAGCUCCUAGAGAUGGUUAACAAGGGAAAGAUAUCUUCAGAAGCAUUAUUGGAACGCGCCUCCACCGAUAAAUUGACUGUUAUCAGUGAAAAUAUUGUAGAUAUGCUCCUGUAUUUCUUCUUUCAAAUGGGUGAUGUGGUAAAUAAAAAAAAAACUAUUUUAACUAAAUAUUGA